GUGUUACAUGUUACUCUUCUUGGUGGUGAGUGGGGUUCAUCUGCUGGUGGGUUAUCAACCAUAAACAGAGAGCUUGCUAUUCAACUUUCAAAUCAUUCAGCGGUGAAGAUUUCUUUACUAGUCCCAGAGGGAGCUUGCAACACUGAAGAAAUAAGAGAAGCUGCAGAUGGCUAUGGAAUCACUAUUGUUGAGGCGAAGGAACGUACAGCAUAUGAUCGUCUUGAUUGGUUGAGCAUCCCACCCCAGGACCACUUCAUGGACAUCGUUGUUGGCCAUGGUGUUAAACUUGGUCGGCAAGUACAAUUCAUUAGAGAUUCUGCCCAAUUUUCAAAUUGUAAGUGGGUACAAGUGGUUCACACUGCUCCAGAGGACCUUAGCAGAUACAAAUGUUACCGUGACCCCAUUUCAAAAGGUGAAACAAAACACGAAUCAGAAGUUGGGCUUUGCAAACUUGCUGAUCUUGUUGUGCCUGUGGGGCCCAGACUAAAAGAAGCAUACUGUUCAUAUUUACAGCGAUGCAAGACAGAUCAAGAUGUUUUGUCCAUUACUCCAGGCCUUUUUCAAAGGGAGUUUGGGGAUUUAGUGGCAAAACAAGAACCUAACGAGGAUGGUGAAUUUAAAGUGUUGUUGUUUGGUCGUGGGGAUGACGAGGACUUUGAACUGAAAGGAUACAACAUUGCUACUCAAGCAUUUACUGAUCAACGGUUGAAUAACAAAUGUUAUCAUCUAAUCUUUGUUGGAGCACCUGAAGGAAAGCAAGAAGAAGUUAGAGAAAAACUUCUGCAGCGUGGUAUUAUGGAAGCGCAGUUGACUGUUAGAAAAUUUAUGCAAAGUAGAGAGAGGCUGAAAGAUUUGCUUUGCGAAGCUGACAUUGCCAUAAUGCCAUCAAAAUCAGAGGGAUUUGGUCUUGUCGCACUUGAGGCCUUGUCUGCGGGACUACCCAUUCUUGUAGGCAGUAGGUCAGGAUUUGCCAAAGCAUUAGAGAAUGUUCUUCAUGGUGAUGCAUGCAUCGUGAAUUCAGAUGAUCCUGCAGAAUGGGCAAAAGCAAUAGAAGCUGUUCGUUUAAAGCAUGGAAUGAGGCUUCAAGAGAUUAAAUCACUGAGAGCAUCUUAUGGAGAGAUGUACAGCUGGAAGGAGCAAUGUGAAGCCCUUGUGAACAGAAUGCGGAGAAUGGGUCAUGGUAAGAGUUAUUUGUUAAGUGCUGAUGUAGUAUUCAUGUUGUACCAGACAUCACACUAAUAUAGUUUUUGUGGCACAAUAUAAUAUGCAAAUGUAACAGUGCAGUGCACUCACAAGCACUGAAUGCAUUUUGUUCUUUGAUCACAUUGUGUAGCCCGUACGAAACUUGCAGCGCUGUACAGCGCUACAAAAUCGCUGCAAAAUAGCUGUACAGCUAAAUUACAGCUGUUCAGCAGCCUUUUAGAAGCCAAACAGCAGCUUUAUUCAAGUUGCAGCGGGAUGCAAAAGCGCUGUGCAGCCUUUGAAGGCUCUUUGAAGCUCUCGGCAGCGGUUUUGCAGCGCAGUUGCCGACUUUCAAACGCUGCGAAGUAGCUGCAGUAACGCUACAAUUCAGCUGCGGUCGAUCUGACUUUCUUGAGCGCCAAUAACAUGAAUCGCCAGAUAAAGCCUUGGCACAGAUUACGGCUUUUAUAACGCGAUAACUUUGACUGUACCUCUAAGAAAUGUGAGUAAGCUUGUGCGCAAAGAAGAUCACUUAUGGAAUAAACCUCCAAAUCCUAUGCUUUCGGAAUAAAGAGUUCAAUAAAUUUCAUUCCGUGACCGGCGAGUGUGGGAAUGUUAUCGCUAAUUCCCUGGAGACAUUCUAGGCCGUAAUCUAAUUGGUCGGUCCUUUUGCAUGAGAUCCCAUUACAUCUCUAGACAAACACAGAACAUUUGCGACCGUUGAAUGAAAGGCGCAAACAUUUUAAGUUUUUUUGCGUCUAGUUCUGUUUCGAGAUGGAAGUUCUGUUGAAGUUUUUGGAUGGAACAGCUCAAACGUACUUGCAAACAACGCACUGAACAGUGACUUCUACGCUAAGUAUCGACGAAUCGAACCAGAGCAAGCAACACAGAUACAAGAAUCUCAGAUGGGGUUCGCACUUACAAGAUUCUUAUACGCUCGUGGUAAUGUUUGUUCCUUACUCUAUUGUAAAAUUUAACGACGACCAAAGUAAAAUUGGGUUGAUUUCUUUCAUGAAAAAAGUGUAGAAGAUCGUGGAUCAUGGACGAAACGUCAAGGUGAGCAAUGUCCAGCUUAGCCCGUUGCAACGAAUCAAAAUAUCAUUUGCCUAAUGGCCGUGCAUGUAAACUUUAUGUAGAACAAUCGAUGUUAUUCUCUUUAUUUUUAAAAAAGAUAAUUUUCAAUGUCUGCAUGUUAAUGGAUGUUCUUACAUUCAGAUGAGUGAUCGUGAUUGCUAAAUAUUUACAAAGCGAGACUGUUGCAGAUUUGUUCUAUGUGACGUGCUUUUGUAACGUGUACGCGUGGAUACUAAUAAAGUAUAAGUUGCAUUUUGACUUUCUAGUGGUUUUUACUCUGCUACUAAGCCGGUUUAGGCAAAUGCCAUAAUUCUUUGAAUUUUUGUACACUUUUGCAGCUAUUUGGCAGCGCUGACAGCGUUUUUGUGUGUCCUUUCCACCGCUGCUAAACCGCUGCUUAUCGCUUUCAAACGGCUUCAUAGCGCUGCCCCGAACAGCCAAAAUUUGCGACUGCUGCAGCCAGCCUCUUUGCAGCUGUUCUGCAGCGCUUCUUGAAUCCAUUCUGCAGCGCUGCAACAGCGCUGCGCGUUUCGUACGGGAGUGUACAUGCAGGUUCUAUAAGAUUUUCUCUGCAAAUUUAGAACACCAACAUAAUCCCAGAAUAUUUAACCAUUUUAUUGAUAGCUAGAUGAAUAUGGCCAAGACAUAUAAAAUAAUGUACCUGAUCAGUCUUUACAAUCCUUACCUAGUAGAUUCAGUUACUUUCCUAAGAAAUCAUGCACCUUCAAAUCUUUUAUGGUGGGAGUUGGGGGGCAUGUAGCCAUAUUUGAACUUCAGUGUUGUUAUUUUUAAACUUCCACUGAAGGAAAACAUACAAAGACAGUCAGUUUUGUGUUGGGAAGUGACAAACAUGCAAAUGAAAUUGGCUACUUGAAAUUUUGAUAUGACUACUUUCCUUUAUAAUAAUGUAGUUCAAAGCUUGAUAGAGCUGACUGUAUAAUCAUGUAGGAUUUACCACCGUUUUCGUUGAUACACGACUUUCGAAAACAAAACACCCGCGGAAACGAAAUCCACCAAUCACAACCACUAGUGUGACCUUCUGACCUUCUUUACGUCAUGCUAGCGGGCUGUGAUUGGUGGAUUUCGAUCCGAUCUGUCGAUAACAUGCAUGAUUGACGGAAAUUUUGGAAACGUUUCCGCGGGUGUUUUGUUUUCGAAAGUCGCGUAUCAACGAAAACGGUGGUAAUACCCUUUUGAAAUGUAAUCUUAAAAUGGAUCUAUAGUACUUUAAAAAGUUAUGGUGUUUUUACCAUCGAAUUUACUCUGAAUUCCUUAAUUUUUUCCUCUUGAGCUUAAAUGUUUUGUGCACACCUUUUAAAGUGCUACUACGAUCAAAAUUUAAUGACAAGUUUGUUACAGAAACGCUUUCUUUUCAGCUUAUCAGAAGUGGUUGUACCUGUUUCGGUCAUUGAGGUGAACUUUGGCGCCCUCUAAGUGAAAACAUUGAGCUUGAAAAUGUAGGUUUUUCGCGUCCGCCAUUACAAAUUUAUGUUCCAGUGACAAAGUUAUUGUUCUCUGAUUGUGACGUCAUUUUCUGAACGCGCCAAGAAAACAAACCUGAACCGUGAGAAAACAGCGAGCGAUUCUCAAAGCUUCGCUCGUCUUCGCCCGAUUCUGGAAUUGUGAAGGAGGAAAUCAUAGAUUACGAUGACCCUGUAGAACCAGCACCGACUGAAUAUGAGACAGUCAAAUACUAAGGGCAGCUAGCCUCAGAGAAGGAAAAAAAACACACUUCACCAAGUCGUAUUUUAUGCAGUUUGUGCCGACGGAGAUUCGGAUUACUGGUAGGUGUAUUUGUAUACGUACUAGCUAUAAUAAUAAUACACAGGCAAGACGAUCGAGAGUCCGCACCAAUUUCACCUGCCUUCUAGCCACUCUCGAGUGCUCAUUUAUCCAAGUGUAGAUAAAGUUUUGCUUUAUAGCUCUUCAGGCACAGCGAAUCAGAGUGGGUACAGUUUUCUGUUCAGCUAAGUUUCAGUUCUAAAGCAGCCAGCUCGUUGUCAUAUGCAUGUGUUUUUUUUACCAUCUUAAACGGACUGCUGUCCUUUAUUAUUGAAAAUUUAAUUGUUACUUUAGUGUUACGUAUCUGAGCUGAGGAUUUUAGAUCUAAUGUUAAGUUCUCUUUGUCAGAAAAGUUAAUUUACUCAUUUUCAAUAUAAAUAGAUAAAUAAGGGGAUCGCUCGCUCUUGACUUGGUGUAUCAAUUUAAUAAUUUUCAGUGCUGACAUUAAACACUGUCACACUCUUUGUAGCUCAUGUUUUUUUGAAAAGGCUGUGUCUGCCUUAUAAUGCCUUCACUAUCGAUUGACUGCAGAUCAUUAAUGCAAGUUAUAAAUUGCAACGCUAAUAAAAAUUCAGAGAUUUCACCUCAUCCAACUAUUGUCAAUGAUAUCCCCUUGUAUAAUUCCCAUAACUUUUUGGAUAACUUUAUGAAAUUGUUGUAUGUGACGUUUUUUUGAAUUUAUUUAUUAUUCAAACCCAGGUGUGCAUUUUUUGGAUGCUAGCUACUGAGACCAGCUUUGAAGCUUUGGCUAGACAAGAAAAUAUAUACAGUGGAAAGGUUAAUACAGACAUGUUAUGAUGUCUAUAUUAUCUGGGUGUCCAUGUUAAGUUAGCUCUCUGGAAAAAAGUGACAGACACGUGAUUUAUUUUAUAUAUAGCAUAAAGGAACAAGGAGGAAGAAGGGUAGGAACAAUGACUGUAGAAAAAAGUCAAGGACGUGAAACUUGUUGAGCAGGAGGCAGAAAAUUUAUCAAAGGACUACAAACAGGGGAAGAAAGAAAGAUGUAUCAAAGUCAAAUGUGUCAUGCUAUUUGGCUGCAGAUGUUUUGGUAAUAAAAUCUUAUUAACCCGUGAACUUGGUGCAAUGUCUACAAUUGGCACAUCAUUGUGACAAGAAAAAUAGAAAGUGCCUGGGUAACCAGUGUCUCUAAAGCUGGAUUAAGAAUAUACAGGAAUUUUUGACUUGAAACACAGAAAAGUGGUCAUUGUCCACAUUAACUACUGUGGGUACUAAGCCGGUUAAUUUUAAAGAAAAAAUGUAUGCUUUUCCUCAGGACGAACAAAACUGCCUGUUAUAUAUGGGUGUCCAAUUAAGUGGGUGUCUGUAGAUCAUAGAGUACUGGGUUAUCACUGCAUUAAUAAAUUAUUAUUAUUUUGCAACUAACUUUAUGUAUUGAAAAACUAAAUGGUACAUCGGAUCACUAGGUUGCACGAUUCUGCUGAUAACACAGUGUGCCAUAAAUUCACUGCCUCUAGGAAGAAGUGUUACACAGUGGAAAUUAUGUUCAUCAUGGAGGCCCAUCCUUGAUUGUGCUCUAUGGGUUUUUCUUGCUGGGUUUUUCCAUUGUAAAAUAUUAUUAGAAACUAGCAUUUUUAAGAGUUAAAAUCCCUAAGAUGGCCUGGGAAGCAGUUUUUAACAUGCGCGGGCUGGUGACCACCUACAUUGAGGUGGGGGGGGAGAGCAAAUUUGGCUGUUGUCUCUUUGUGACUGUUUAGAACUGUCAGAUUACUGAACCUUUCUUGAGUCAUUGUUGAGCAGAGUCAUGUUCAUAAAUUUCAAGCCGCUGAAAAGUACCUUUCUCCUGCUGAGCUUGAUUGCACAUGCUGAAUCCACCACUAGAAGUUUGCAGACCAUGAUAUUACACGAUAGGUUCCUGUAAUGCCUUCAUUUUGUGUAGCAUGUCGUUGAAAUGUGCCAGAGAGUAGAGUGUGCCAGAGUAGUCUUCAGAUUUAAUCAAGAACCUUCAUCAAAAAAGACUAUUCCGCAUUAUUGCAAAUGCUACAUGGCUUUGCUGGUUUGAAAAUGCAGAAAUCUAGGACGAUUGACUUUUUAAAGGUUUACCACGCAUCACACUGAUGGUAUCAAAACAGACCAAUAAUAAAUUUAGAUGCUGGAAGAUUCUUAUUCCAGCAAAGAUACUUAUUCAUAUGAAAAUGUAUAUUACAAUGGAACCUCUAUAACUAAGUCCUCGGUCUAACAAACUAUUUUUUUUUACUCCAGUUAUAGUAAAAUAUAAGGCAAUAUGAAAAAGAACCUCGAUAAAAGUUAACAAACCUCGUUAUAAUAAACAUAUUUUGCCAGUCCCUUGGCCCUUCGUUAUAUCAAGGUUCCACUGUACUUAAUUUUAUUUAUUUAUUUUUCAAAAAGUGGGGAAGCCCCUUUGCCCUGCGUGGGCCCUGCCCUAGCUUGGCUCAGGUUAGAUAAUACCCCCAAAAUAGACUAAGCUAAAUCAGGCAACAAAGAACAAUAAAAUUGCAGCCUUUAAACAGUAUUACAGCCCUUGGCUUGUUUAUUGUAAUCACUGGUAUGACUAAAAAAUAAUGGAUUUGUAUAUUGCACACGGUACGUAAGACCUAAACUUGUCCUCCAGGUUCUUAGCUGGGGCCUCACAUUUAUCUUGUGAUCUGAAACAAGUGUGCAGAUCAAUUGUUACAGUAGGGUGGACAGUGCCUUUGUAUGUGGUAAGGGGCCAUGAAUAACAUUAGUCUAUCCCAUAUUAAAAGAUACACCAAGGUUUUUUGAAGUAGCAAGGCUGUGCGCAAAGAAAAAUUGAAAGGAGCCCAGUACUCCGGACCCGUGAAAUCCUGCGUGCACAGCACAUGAUUUCUAUGAAAAAAUUUCCUAGUUGCCCCGGAUCAAUAGUUAAGCACCACGGGCCAACUGGGUGCUGGUAGAGCACAACCUCGAGUAGUGAAACAUAAAGCAGCAGUGAUGAGCAGGGGCCAUGAAACUAUCUCAUACAUGUACAUAACCCUCAGUUGCAGUAAAUAUUUCAGUGACCAAGCCUUGGUGAUUAUUCACUUUUAACUUGCAAAUUGUCAGUCACAUCACUUCAGUGAUUCAGUGCAUGAGUGCCCCUGUGUUGGAGUUUACUCUCAAAUUAUGAUAUACUAUAAUUAUAAUUAUUAUAAGUAUUCAAUGCGAGAUUGCAAAACCUUUCGUUAUUCACUCAAAAGAAUAACAAUACACAACAUUCAAGAUAGGAUCACAAUUUUAUUUUAAAGACCACAUCAGUAAAUGGUAAUAAUUCUUGCUGUGUUUUACAAAAUUGCAAAAAAAGUUUUUGCAAUAAACUUGUGUGGGCUCUCUUGCUUUAGCUUGUGGCUUGAACUGACAAUGUGUCUGUGCAGUUUAAAUCAGGCUCUGAGUUUUGGGAAUACUAAAAUUGAAAAAAGCAUACCUUUAAUUUGUUUAGUUAGGGUUAUGGCGACUAGCAUGUUGGAAAUACUGAGGAAUUUACUGUAUACUAAAAUAUCAUACCAUUCAGAUUGCACCAUGAUCCUGAUAGAUUUUAAUACUUUAUCAUAAAAAUUUACAAGUAGAGCUUUAAAGAUUUUUAUAAAAGCUCAAAGGAAUGUUAAUAGUGGUAACAGAAAAAUAGUACACUACAAGACCAAGGUGUGAGCGAUAAUAGUGUUUACAAAAGUAGAGGGCUCUCUGUGAUCUGUUGCCUUAGGGCAAAUCUUUUUGAAAGUUUCCUAAAAGUUUCGUUGUCGUCGCGUUCCAGUCGAAGAAAGGUCUAAGAAAAAAUUUAUCUUCGAUGACUUCGCCAGUAGUAAAAGCAAAAAUCACCACCGGCGAUAUGAAUAAACUUAGCGUUGGGGACAUUCACUGCACGUUUUACGAAAUGUAAGCUUACCUCCAUGCGCUCCCUCUUUAUGCGAAGAUUUCUUUCCGGAUUCAAGAUCUGUCGAUUGAUCUUUCUUCCAUAUGCUAACAAACGAUCCAAGUUUAAUUUUCCGCCACUGGUUUGCGUUGAAAGCCCCGUAAAUGCUAUUGCAGCACUCUUCGAAGUUAUCAAACCGAGAAAACAGCGAAACUGUCAGCUCGAAACAAACCUAUUCCUCGAAUCUCACAUUCAGUUGGUCAGACUCGCUUGCAGCUCAAUUCUAUCGAUUGAAGCGGUUGCUGCUUAUUGUUUAUUGUUUAUUGUUUUGUUUGCCAAAAAAUUAAACAAAUCAAAUAAAAUCUAAUUACCUUAACUCUCAUGGCGAGGAAGCCCAAGAGAAGCCACCGGGCUCCCUCAGUUAGAUAAUUAGAACAAAAUAUUAUCAUAAUUACACACGGGAAAAUCAAUGGCAGAGCUACAGUAAAUCUUAAAAUAAGUAUAUUAGAUAGUCGUACUAAUCAUAGUUCUAGGCUAAAAAAAGCGAAAUGACAAAAAGAAAAACAAAAACAAAAACAAAAGAAAAGAAAAUAAAAGAGCAAAGGAAGAAAAAAAAAUACAUAUAUAUAUAUAUAUAAAUUACUAUUUAUGAUAAGAGGAAUGCUUUCAGCUUACAGCAAAAGGAAGCGGUACUUGUUGCAUUUCGAAUUUCAAAACUAAGAGAGUUAAAAAAUUUAGGACCUUGGAAACUGAUGGAGAACUUUCUUAUAUUAGUCCUGCAUUGUGGUAAAUAAAAAUGCUCCGAACUUCUAGUGCCAUAAGAAUGCACCUGGCGUGUCACCAGAAACAUGUUAUUGAAGCUAUAAGGAAGUAAGCCAGAUCUGUAUUGAUACAUAAAUUUUCCUAUUUGAAGUUUGUAGAUACUCUCAAGAUUCAGAAUUUUUAAAUUUUUAAGUAAGGGGUCAGUGUGAGCAUCGAAAGCACUCCUCGACAUUAUUCUUACGACCCGUUUUUGAAGUGUGAUUAAUCUUCUGAGGUUUGAUGGGUAGGUCGAUGCCCAGACGCUCACGCAGUAGAAUAAGUAUGGGUAGAUAAGGCUAAAAUAAAGCAUCCGUAAGGAGGAAUUAUUAAGGCAAAAACUUGAUUUAUAAAUUAUACCUAUGGCUUUAGACACUUUCCUAGCAACAUUAUGUAUAUGUGAUUUCCAUGUUAAAUGUUCAUCCAAAAUUGCACCAAGAAAAGUAGCUUCCUUAACACGGUCAAUCGAAUAAUUACUAAUAUUAGAAGCUAAAUCAAGUGUUUGCCUGUUUUGUUUCGGUCUGAAUAUGAUAAAAUUAGAUUUCUUAACAUUAAUAGAUAGCUUAUUUGUAUAAAACCAACACGUUAUCUUUUUCAAUUCUAAAUUUACAACUUCCAUAAGAUAGGAAGCAUCAGUAUGCGAAUAGAAGAGAUUAGUGUCAUCAGCAAAUAGUAUCAGCUCUAAGACCUUUGACACAUUACAUAGAUCAUUUAUAUAUACUAAGAAUAACAGUGGACCUAAGAUAGAUCCCUGAGGGACUCCGCAAGUGAUAUCUAAUGAUGAAGAGUUGUAACCAUUAUAUUGCACAAAUUGUUUUCGACAAGAUAGAUAACUUUUAAACCAUUGUAAAGCAAUACCACGUUCUCCAUAAAGUUCUAAUGUGUCGAGCAAAAUUUCAUGAUUUACUGUAUCAAAGGUCUUAGGUAAGUCAAUGAAUAGGCCUAAAGUUACCCUUUUAUUAUCAAGAUCUUGUCAUACAAUUGGAUUAAAGCAUGUGCAGUAGAAUAAUUUUUUCUGAAUCCAUACUGAUUCCGUGAAAGAAUAUCAUAUUUAUUUAAAAAAUUAAUGAGGCGAUUGUAGACGAUUCUCUCUAGGAAUUUAGAGAAAACUGGUAACACUGAUACGGGUCUGUAAUUUGUGAACAAAGAUUUAUCACCAGAUUUAAACAAUGGAAUAACUCGUGCAAUUUUCAUCUCUUGGGGCACAACUCCAGAAUUAAGAGACACGUUAAUUAUAUACGUCAAUGGUGCGCAGAUUAAGUUAAAAGACUCUUUAACAACAUUCAUUGAAAUACUAUCAUGUCCUGGAGCAGUACCGGAUCGAAAGCUGCUACAAAUCUCAGUGACUUCUUGUUCUGAUGACGAUUGAAGAAAAAAUGAAUUAAUAAAGCCUCCAUUCAGAAAAGAACGAUGAGAUUUGUCAGACGCCGGAAUCGAUUUAGCUAAGUUAGGUCCAAUAUUCGUAAAAUACUCGCAAAAACGGUUUGCUAUAUGAGUAGGAUUACAUAUUUCUUCUUCAUUAGAUUUGAAGAUGGAAGGCAACUUACACUUAAUUUUCUUCUUGUUAAUAAGAUCGUUAAGUAAUUUCCAAGUUGAUUUUGCAUUUGAUUUAUAUUCAUCUAACUUUUUAUUGUAGUAGAGACGUUUAGCAACGCGAAGGGAAUGUGUCAAUUUGUUUUUAUAACUCUUGUAAAGUUUCUCACGAUAUGGAGUUGGGUUAGCAAGGAAACGCUUGUAUAAUAAAUUCUUUUUUCUUACCGAUUUAAGAAGACCUUUAGUUAUCCAUGGUUUGCUCAAAGUAACAUUCUUUACUUUCACUUUUUUGAGAGGAAAGCAGUCAUUGUAAAUGGUAGUGUAUUUAUCAAGAAAACACCGAUAAGCGCAAUCAGUAUCUUUACAUUCAGAUAAUUCAUCCCAAUGAACGUUUGCAAGCCUAUCUUAAAACUUAGCGACAUUAUUUCCACUUUUAUCACGAAAAGAAAGCCAAGAAGUGUUAUUUACGUUCUUGUUUUGAUCAAGAAGCAGUGUGAAAAUCGGAAGAUGAUCAGAUAUAUCACAAAACAUCAGCCCGCUAACAGAUAAAUUGUUUAAAUUAUUCGUGAAAAUAUUAUCAAUUAGCGUAGCCGUGUUAGAAGUUAUUCUUGUCGGACGUGUGAUCAAUGGAAAAAACAUUCUUGAAUACAUGGUUUCUAACAAUUCUCCAGUUGUGUCGUGACAAUGGUGGUUGAUUAAGUCUAGAUUCCAGUCACCUAAAACAUAGCAAAUCUUGUUUGCUGCACACAUACGGAGUCUAAUGUAGUAAGAUCGAAAGAGUCUUCCUAAACAAGAACGCGUCGAAGUGGGAGGAAAGGGAACAUUGUUGAGCAGGGUUCUUGGAAGAAAAUUGUAAUGCUGUGUGUACUGCGUUAAGUAAAUGACGUCACAAAGCAAUUGCCUUGUGUUCUUGGUAACCAGGCCACAGGAACAUAGCGUUUUAAUGGCGGACGAAAAUUAAUGGUUUUUGAGCGCCAAAAAAUACCACUUUCCUUAAUCUCAUGAGGCUAUAACUUGCACACCAUGUACUUCAAGUACUAAACUGCCAAUCUAGCGAAAAAAAAUGGUAGUCAAAGAUUUGAUCGUAGUAGCACUUCAAAGUUGUAUGGAAGUUGUCAAUGCAUGAAAAGAUCUGUAAUGUGUAGAAUAAGGGUCUCCACCAGGUUUAAAGGUCGAUCACAGCUGCUGUCAGUGUGACCGUCAAAAUAUAUUUUUAGUGUCACAUGAGACGUGGUUCUACACGAGUGGUUGUGGGUGGUGGAGAUGUGAAUGGGUUACAAAAACGUAUAUACAUUGAUUUGUAAGAUUCUUAUAAUAAAGGCUUGUUCUCACCCCAGAUGCUUCUGAUAUACCAAAGGAUGUUUCUUUCACUGAAAAGCAGCCUGUUGCAAAAACACAUGCUUCAGCUUCUGUUUUCUCAGGAGAGCAAUGUCCAGUUGAUGAACAGGCUAAAACUAAGGAUUUAGUCAGAUUAAGUGAAGAAUCUCCCUCAACUUGCCAUACUCCUAGCAUUUCAGGGCUCACUUAUGACCAAGGUAUGGAAUUGAAUUACAUUGACAAGGUGCCAAACUUUUUUUUACGUGUUUUAAUGGCUUGUUUUAAUAAACUCUUUAGAAUUUUUUGGCCCAUUUAAAAAGUAUUUUUUUAUUUUAGUCUCUCUGCUAUUCACCACUUUCAGAUAGACCACUCACCUUGUUUACUUCCCAAAAUUUUGCAUAACCAUUGUCUUCGAUUUCUCUUGGGAUGAGUGUAAUACCCAGGAGAAAUUGGGGGGGGGGGACGGCGUUAAACAACAUGCGUGCAAGAUGUAUGUGAAAAUGGUGAAUAGCCAAGAAUGCUCUGUUUGUGCAAAGCUUUUUCAAACAAAGAGCUGAGGAGCCUCACUGAGUUUCCUUAUAUAUAUGUUACAGGUCAAAUUUGAUUUCAGGUUAUUUUUGAUUUAACCUAGGUUGAUUUUUUUAACCUGGAGAGUGAAAUGUGAAAAAUUAAACUUCAGAAAGUCGUAGGGAAUUUAUUAGUUGAGUUUAGAAAAUUGCAUAUGGAUGGAGCGGUCGUCUAGAAAUUUUUAGCCGUUCUCAAGUAGAAGAACAAUCUAGGCAAUAUUUACUUCUCCGAACAGAUAUUUUACAGAAAACAGUCGUUUGGUGCCCCUGUAAUAUGCUUUUAAUCAAUAAUUUUCAGAAGCAGAAAACACUAUUAAGAUGUCGAUCACCCCACGUGGAUUAAGUAGUGAACUGGAGGAUGUCGUGGAUAGAAUGUUCAGACAACAACUUGAAGUGUACUUGAAAUACAAUAAAAGAAACAAGCUUUCUACAGCCAGCGGACUGAGUGACUUCUUUAAGCAUGUAGAAGAUACUUACAACUUUACUUUAACAUCUGUGGGUAUGGGAUCUUUGGUAAUAAAAGGUCAGUGUCCUGACCUGCAAAGUCUGGAAAGUCUGUGGAAUGAUUAUUGUUCUGGUGUCCUGAAUGAAGCUGCAGAGAGGUUUUUGGUAACUGAUGAUAUGAAGAAAGAAAUCAACUUGGUGACACUCAGAUUAAAGACUACUAUUGAGGAAGAAAGCUAUUUGACUUGCAAGAAAGCUCUUAUGGAAAAGUCAGGUGAGUUGGUUUAG